AAUAAUAAAAAAUUCAACAGACCUCCUAGGAUUUAACACACAGUUCUUGAUCUUUCUAUGUAUGCUGCAGAAGAUCUCAACCUUAACCUUAACAAAUCUUUCUGUUUUCUUUCCUCCUUUUGUGUGUUUGUGAGUCAGUGUCUCUUGCUUUAAAUUAACUCAUCAUUCUUCAGCUCAAGUGAAGAUGGGUUCCCAUCCCCAACUCAUAAGGAGUAAAGGUGGAAUUGCCACCAUGCCCUUCAUCAUAGCAAAUGAAGCACUUGCAAGGGUAGCAACCUUGGGGUUAUUGCCAAACAUGGUGUUGUAUUUGAUGGGAAGCUACAAUCUCCAUUUAGCAAAAGCCAACAUGAUUCUGUUAUUAUCAGUUGCUACCACCAAUUUCACCCCUCUCAUUGGUGCUUUCAUUGCUGAUUCUUAUCUGGGUCGCUUCCUUGCUGUUGGUUUCGGUUCUAUAAUCACUUUCCUGGGAAUGGCACUUUUGUGGCUAACAGCCAUGAUCCCCACGGCACGGCCUCCUCCUUGUGAUCCUGCAACUGAAACAUGCAAAUCAGCAACAACUAUGCAAAUGGCAAUACUAAUCUCUUCCCUUGCUCUCAUGGCAUUUGGAAAUGGUGGCCUUCAAUGCUCCCUAGCAUUUGGAGCAGACCAAGUGAAUAGCAAAGAUAACCCCAAUAACCAAAGGGCCUUAGAAAUAUACUUCAGCUGGUAUUAUGCUUCAUCAGCUAUUUCAGUCAUAAUUGCCUUCACCGGAAUAGUAUAUAUCCAAGAUCAUCUUGGAUGGAAACUGGGUUUUGGUGUUCCUGCAGCACUCAUGUUCUUGUCCACUUUCUUCUUCUUCCUUGCUUCUCCUCUUUACAUUAAGCACAAAACACAUGGCAGCUUGCUCACCGGCUUUGCACGAGUAAUCGUAGCUGCCUAUAAGAACAGGAAGCUUAGAUUACCAGCCAGGAAGUCGACCGGAAUGUACCUUCAAAAGAAGGACUCUGAUCUUCUUGUUCCAACUGAUAAACUAAGGUUUCUGAAUAAAGCUUGCUUCAUCAAAGACCCUGAAAAAGAUUUAGCCUCAGAUGGAUCAGCCUCCACAAUAGAUGAAGUAGAAGAACUAAAAGCCAUCAUCAAAGUUAUUCCCCUGUGGUCGACCGGGAUCAUGAUGUCGCUUAACAUUGGAGGCUCAUUUGGAUUGCUGCAAGCUAAAUCACUGAACAGAUAUAUCACUCGAAACUUCCAAGUUCCAGCAGGUUCUUUGAGUGUGAUAAUGAUAUUUACAAUUUUCUUGUGGAUAGCUAUAUAUGAUCGCAUUGUUAUUCCUCUAGCAACAAGGCUUAGAGGCAAACAAGUUAGGAUCAGUGCCAAGAAUAGAAUGGGACUAGGAUUGUUUUUCUCUUUUCUUCACUUGGUAACCAGUGCAAUUGUUGAGACUUUACGGCGAAAUAGAGCUAUCAGGGAAGGAUAUAUAAAUAAUCCUAAUGCAGUGUUGAAUAUGUCUGCAAUGUGGCUUUUUCCUCAACUCUGCUUGGGUGGCAUAGCUGAAGCAUUCAAUGUAAUAGGCCAAAAUGAGUUCUAUUACACCGAAUUCCCCAAGAGUAUGUCGAGCAUCGCUUCGUCCCUCUUUGGACUUGGCAUGGCUGCAGGAUACGUGUUAUCUUCUUUGGUAUUCAGAAUUGUGGAGAAUGUUACUUCUAGGGGUGGAAAGGAAGGUUGGAUUUCGGAUAAUAUCAACAAGGGUCGCUAUGACAAGUACUGUUGGGUUCUUGUGAUGCUGAGUGCCAUUAACAUAGUGUAUUACCUUGUUUGUAGCUGGCUUUACGGACCUACAGCUGAUCAAGAAUCUAAAGAAACUAGAGGAAAUGGUUCAAAUGAUGAAGAUCUUCCAUUAAUUGAAUUUAGAAAUCCUGCUUCUGCAUACAUAUUUGAAAGCAGAAUAUAGUAGCCACAGUGCUGAGGCUUCAACUCAAAAAGAUGCUCAGCAGCCCAGCACCCCAAUUCUACAUUUCCAUGUAUCCGGCAUGCGCCGAGCAUCGCACCCCAAAUAUUAGCAUCUGCUUCGAUGGAAAGGCCUCUAAUAAGGUCUGCAGCUUCUUCCAUUAGCCCAGCUCUUCCAAGGAGAUCAACCAUACAUGCAUAGUGCAUUUGUGUUGGUUCAAUAUUAAGAUCCUGCAUCAUUAUAAAGUACUUUCUCCCUUUCUCAAUUAAACCCCCAUGACUGCAAGCUGACAAAACUGCGAUAAAGGACACUGAAUCGUAAUCCACACCAUCUUCCUUCAUUGCCUCAAAGAGGUUGAUUGCAGUGUCAAGCUCACCCAGCAUACCAUAGCCUAAAAUCAUAGUAUUCCAAGAGGCUGUAUCCUUGUAUUCGAUUAAGUCAAAUACCUUGCUAGCAAGAUCUAUUCGUCCACAUUUGGUAUACAAAUCCAAGAGUGAAUUUGCCACAAAAAGAUGUGUGUGAAAAUGCUGUCUCACCAGCAGACCAUGGA